CCCAGCCCACGAUUACUACUUAGUUUCCUUCAGAUGUUUCCCCUGAACCCCACUGUGACUACUGGGAUAGUGAGAGGCUUGGCUAACGGGAAACUCUAACUCAAAUUCGGUUGGCGUUCGAAAAAGAUGCAAAUUGACCAACCAGACGACAUGGUGCAUUUAGUAAGUAUAGCAGUAUUGACUUUGGGAAGUUUGGAUUCGCGUUUUCCCCCAUCUUUUGCGAGCUCAUCAAACCACAGCGCGUCGCUUCAACUCACUCCUCUCGCUCGCUUGUUGAUCCCAUCCCAUCCCAUCCCAUCCUCGCCAUCUUCCACUCCUCCACCCCAUCCCGACCCAUCCCCGGCCAACUUAUUUUGCUCCUGGUCGAAGGCGCGACCCCCGUGUCCGUUCCUUAUGUGCAGUGGCAGUAAAUUAUGUCUAGGGUGUGGUUGGCUGGCUCGACGACCUCCCUGCUGUGUCGGGCUUCGAGGGCAGGGCUCCCUGCGAGGAAGACGAUUGUUCCCAGCUACUGGGACCAGGACCCAGGCUCAAGUCGAACCAGAAAUACGUGAAGGAAGUGCUAGGUGCACGGGACAAUCGAGUAUCAAUGCAUUGAAUGCAAUCCUUCCAGAGAUAAUCCGCUGUCAGUCAGUUUUCGAUUCAUAUUGAUUGCUCAGUCCGGAAACAACCAUCACCUCGAAGGCUGUUUCGCGAUACACACUCUCUCUCUCACUCACAUCACCGUCCGGAAUAUCACCACGAUCUCGACUUUGGUGUCAGCCUCCGUCCUGCAUGUCGAAGCCGAACCGAAGCCAGCUCUAUUCGCGAGCAGUUCCUGCUUCCGUUCUUGCAUGAGGCCGGCUUACUUCCUCUGCAGCUUCAAGGAGAGCUUUCUUAUUGCAUUCGCUU